ACCGAUGCCAGCAAAUUAGACAUAUGCCCAAGCGUCUCCGAUACAGAAACUUUUCUUUUACUGUUCGAUAGCCAAGUGGGAAUUAAUAAUUAUCCUGCAGUCAUGGCCUCUUUUCGACGUUUCCGCCCCGAUGACUUAGACAAGUUUUCCAAAUGCAAUCUUGACCCGUUGACCGAGACGUACGAUCUAAGUUUCUAUCUCCAAUACUUUGCCAAAUGGCCUUCACUAUUCCAAGUCGCUGAGGAUCCCAGCGGAAACAUCAUCGGUUACAUCAUGGGCAAGUUGGAAAGCUCUCCAGACUACUUCCAGUAUUCUGAGCAUUACCUACCAUGGCACGCACAUAUCACUGCCCUCACGGUAGCCCCUGAAGCCCGCCGUCUUGGCAUUGGAAAAAUUCUCACCGAAAAUCUCGAAGUUGCUGCAGAAGCUGGAGACUCUUGGUUCGUCGAUUUGUUCGUGAGGAAAAGCAACACGAGAGCUAUCAACUUUUACGAGAGUAUGGGUUAUAGUGUAUAUCGUGUAGUCAAGGACUACUAUGGUGAUAACGUCAACGACCCCACCGCUAACGGUGAAGACGCCUACGACAUGCGUAAGCCCAUGUCCCGAGAUAAGACACUAAAACACAUCCGAGAGGACGGGAGGAAUCACGAUGUUCAGCCUGAGGAUGUCUUCUAAUGGAGUUAUUUAUGCUUGCGGGCUACAUCGCGCCGUCGAUAGAAUAUACACUCCCGCUCACAUACUUGGAGUCGGGACCCAAAAGGAAAGCAAUGACGUGGCCGCAUUCCUCCGCCGUUCCCUGUCUGCCGAGAGCUGCCGUAUCAUCAAAGGGUGCAUCAGAUGGUCGAUUAU